UGAAAAACAGAAACAACAAAUCCUUGAACAUGUCGUCCAUCUAUACAAUCAUCACAUUUAUGCAUCCCCAACUCUUCCCAGAAUCAAAUUUUCACAGAAGGAAUUUCUCCAGUCUGCUUCUGUUUGUGGGGGAGAAAAUGCAGAGCUCAAAAUGGCAGGGCUCUAUGGAAAUCAGUGUCUCGGCUCCUCUGGAGGGCGUGUGGAAGAUAAUGAGUGACUACUAUGAGCUCCAAAAGUGGUUUCCGGGCAUGGUAACGUGCAAAAGAGUGGAUGGAGCGCCUGAACAGGGCCUGGGCUGUGUGCGCUACUGUACUGGCCCCUCGCCCUCAAAUCCACAGGGCAGCGAUUCUUUUGCCCAGGAGGAGCUCGUUGCUUUCGACUCUGUCAACCAUUCUUUUACAUAUCUUGUUACAGAUACCAACAUUCCGGGCUUUCAUGGCUACCAGGCCACCUUUCAGGUUUCUGAAACAGGGGAAGAGGGCAAAACUUUGGUGAAUUGGCAUUUCGAGCUCGAUCCGGUGGCCGGGCUUACCAAAGAGGGCGUUCAGAGCUUUUUGAGCUCCAUUCUCACUGGCAUGGCCAAGAAUCUGGAACAGCUCUCUUCUUCACAGUAACGAUUUUAGAUCUUGUUUUGUUUUCUUGGGUUGCUUGUCAAUGGAGUGGAUUUGCAUGUGUGCGUUUUUCUUAAGGUGUUGGAUUAUGCAAUAUC